AUGUGGGCAUCUGGUGCUAGACGUGAUAAGAUACUUGCUCUGACAACAGACCAUCAACCCAGCAGCAAAAACAAGGCUGCUACUAUAAUGCAACUGCCGCUAAGACCUAAACCUAUAGUGCAUGCCAGCCCUACCAACCUGCCAGCUAUAAUCACAAAACCUAAAUUAACUAAUAUUAAUGACUUAUGGAGCCGAGAAUUGGAUUUUAAAGACUUCAGCGUUGUUUUUGAUUACUCUAAAGAAUAUGAAAAUUCAUUAAAUCAAUAUUUACAAACUUAUAACCUGUCAGAAUUGAAGUUAUCGUUUAAUUUUUACGGUAGUAAUGAGACAGCUUGUGCUGAUUUUUUGCUAUGUCAAGAAGUAAUAGAGCUGUCCCCAUUUUCAAAAAACAAAAAUAUUCAUGAAGAAGAUAUUGAUAUUUUCCAUGACUCCGACGAUGAUAAGGACAAAACAUAUAUUCCCGAGACUUCAGAUGCAGAUUCAGGCGAAGACGAAAUAUUCACCAAAAAAUCUAGGGAACGUAAAACACAUUCACCAUUAAUAUUACAUGACAUAACAAUGGAUAACUCAGCAAUUGAUGACAGAAUGACUUUGGGUACCAGUAUGAAUACAAUGUCGCAAAUAAUUAAAGAAAGCAAUUUUAUAAUGAAUGAUACUUCAACUUCAAUUAGUGUAAUGGACUCUAAUAUUUUAACACAAUUUAAUAUUCAAACAGAAAAUAGCACCGCACACUCGCAAGAUUUAAUAAAUGCUACUAUCACACCUCAUGAAUUAACAAAUACAGAAGAAAACAAAGGACUUACAAAAGAUGGUAGGCCUCGCAAAAGGCAAAAAUUCAAUGAAUCUGUAAAGGAAAGACAAGAAAAAAAGAAAAAGGUCAGAGAUGAGCAAAAUGAUUUGAAAGAUCCAUGCACUGAAAAAUGUAUGAAGAAAUGUGUAACUAAAUUCACACCUCAGGUACGCCAAGAUAUACACGACAGAUAUAUCGCUCUUGAUUACGAAUCACAAGGACUAUUUAUUAAAUGUUGUAUCGAUGUUAAGCCUGUAAUGCGCAGAUCCCAAGUUACAGAAGACUACAAAAGAAAAACAACAUAUAUUUAUAAUUUAAAAGGACCUGAUAACAUUAAAAAAGAAGUUUGUAAGACGUUUUUUCUUUCGACGUUGGGUUAUAAGCCUAACAAUGAUAGAAGGAUCACAACUGCUAUGAGUAAAGCUAUUGAUGAACAAAAAACGACUCGAGGAUCCUACAAAAGAACCAUAAUCGAUAGACAAGCUAUAAAAGAUCAUAUCAUGUCGUAUCACCCCGCUAUUUCACAUUAUAGACGAGAACAUGCACCCAAAAAAUUGUACCUUCCCAGUGAUAUCACUAUCACAAUGAUGCAUGAAAAUUUUUGCUCUACAAGGCCGGAUAUAAAAGUUUCUCAUGAAGUUAAUAGAAAAGUAGUAAGAAAUGACCUGAACAUUUCUUUUGCAAACCUUGGUAAUGAAGAAUGUGAACAAUGUGAAUAUUUUAAGCGUCACAAUCGAUUAGACCAUCAAGAAGAAUCUUGCGAGAUAUGCCAAAAUUAUAAUAUGCAACACAAGCCCAGAUACAUAGAGUCCCGCAAAGAAUACAACGAAGAUAGAGAGAAAGCAAAGAUUGACACAGAAGUAAUUUAUUAUUCCGUUGACCUUCAAAAAAUUAUUAUGUUGCCAAGAAUGGAUCAAUUCAAGACUGCGAUUUUUUGCCCGCGGUUAAUUGCUUUCAAUGAAAGCUUUGUACCACUAGGACCCGCAACUAAGGAUAACAAACCGUAUGCUGUGUUAUGGAACGAGAGUGUUGCCGGUCGUAGUCAAGAUGAUAUAAUUUCUACCUUCAAGGCAUUUUUGAACAUUAAAAGGGACCAAAAAAAUAUUGUACUCUGGCUCGAUAACUGUUCUGCGCAAAACAAAAACUGGUCACUUCUAUGUUUUAUGGUACAAAUAGUGAAUAGUACAGACAUUUUAGCUGAGAGUAUAACAUUAAAAUAUUUUGAACCGGGACAUACAUUUAUGUCCGCAGACAGUUUCCAUCACCAAGUGGAACAAUCCCUGACAAAAAAGGGAAAGGUUUAUGAUUUCGACGAUUUUGUUGAGUGUGUCGGCAACGCCAAUAAAAGGAAGAAUAUAGUAAAAGUAAUGAAUGUUGAUGACUUUAUCGCCUAUGAAGAUUUAUCUUCUCAGCACAAAUUGCGGAAAAAUAACCCACGCGUUUAUUUAACGAAUAUAAUGGCUGUGAGGGUUGAACGAGGCCUUUUCAAAUUAAAAUACAAAUUUAAUCAUGCUGAUCAAUACAAAUCAGAACCUUUAGAUUUUCUUCAAGUAAAAAUCAUGAAAAAUGAACAAUUCCCUGAAAUUCAAAGAAAAACUUUGCCAAGGGGUAUAGCUGAAGAACGCAAAGCAGCCAUUAUUGAAAAGUUAGUCCCGUUAAUGCCGGCAAACAGGAAACAGUUCUGGAUUAACGUACCAACAAAUGAGACUGUUAAAAAUCUUUUGGAAGAGGACUAG